GUAGCGCGGUCCUGGUUGCGUGUGCGGGGUGCCCAAAUUAGAGCGCGGGCAGGCUGUUCCCUGCCCACCCAACACUGGCAGCCGCUCGCGUGCAGCGCCUGCAGCUCCCUGCAGCGGCCUGGCUGAGCGCCCUCCUCGCGGCACUCGUGGCACUCCAGCCCGCAGCAGCGGCGCCAGUCGGGCGCAAGGCUGGCAGAAUGGCAGCUGUGGCGGUCCGCCCCAUCAAGUCUGUUGUGCGAGGCUCCAAGAUGAUGGAGGGCGCAGGCGUGCGCAUCUGCAGAACCCUGGGCACCCCUGCCCUGCGCAACCUGGAUCCCUUCCUGAUGCUGGAUGAGCUCAAGAUGCCGGCCCACGAGGCCUCCGCGGGGUUCCCCAACCACCCGCACCGCGGCUUUGAGACCUGCAGCAUCAUGCUGAGCGGCAAGAUGGAGCACAAAGACAGCAUGGGAAACGAGGGAGUGAUCGGCCCAGGCGGCGUGCAGUGGAUGACGGCGGGGCGAGGCAUUAUCCAUUCUGAGAUGCCGGUGGUGACCUCUGGCCAGCUGCACGGCUUCCAGCUCUGGAUCAACUUGCCCGCCAAGGACAAGAUGUGCAAGCCACGGUACCAGGACCUGCAAGCCGACGACAUCCCGGUGGCAGAGAAGGACGGCGCGUCAGUGCGCGUGAUGGCGGGCAGCAGCCUGGGCGUGGCCGGGCCCAUCAAGCUGCGCAACCCGGGGCUGCUGCUGGAUGUGCGGCUGGCACCCGGCGCGAAGCUGGCCCAGCACGUGCCGGAGGCGUGGAACGGCUUUGCGUACGUGUAUGAGGGGAAGGGCCGCAUCGGCGACAAGUCUGCGCAGCCCGAACAUGCCUAUGUGCUGCACAACGAGGGAGACACGGUCCAGGCCACCGCGGGGGAGGAGGGCCUCAAGUUCCUUCUCAUCUGCGGCCAGCCCAUCGGCGAGCCCAUCAAGCAACAUGGCCCAUUUGUGAUGAACACGGAUGCUGAGAUCCAGCAGGCAUUCAGAGACUACCAGAGUGGCGUGCUCCAGAGGGCGGAGGACAACCCUUGGAAGGACGAUGAGGAGCUGUGA